AAACUGUUUAGUAUCAUGUGAAAAAGAUCUUCCUUCAGGCUUCCUCCUUUCCAUGACUCCUUCUAAUUACAGAAGUUUCUCCAGGCUAAUCAGUUGGUUGCAUUCAGGACCUGUGGCCCAGUAUAAAGAAGAGAAAAUAGAUGGCGAGUGGACAGCUGUCAAGGGAUGAAGCAUUGGAAUGCUCUAGCUCCAGGCAUGCAUGCCAUGUGAUGCUCUACUCUGACACAGCAUCUCAGCUGUUUGGCAGGACUCCCAUCAGGCACAUUGUACUGAUGCAGAUGCGCUUUGACGGUCUGCUGGGCUUCCCUGGUGGUCUUGUUGACCCCUUGGAGGAGACCCUGGAAGAGGGGCUUACCAGGGAACUGUUGGAGGAGCUGGGCGUGGCCGUGCCAGUUUCCGUAGAAGAUUACGUGGAGUCUUGCUUUGCCCCUUCUCAUCCACCCACCUCCUCUUCCUCCUCCUCCCCCCUCAUCCUUCACUUCUACGUGAAGAAGAUCGAGGAGGAGCAGAUUCGAGAGAUAGAGAAAGCAGCCGCAUCAACUGCAGCAGAUCACGGUCUUGAGGUGCUGGGAAUGGUCCGAGUCCCUCUAUACAGCACUAAAUCCCACACAGGCUUCUCCUGUUUUCUGUCGCACUCUUUCAUAGGCAACGCUCGCUCCCAGCUGGUCGACUCUCUGUUGCGUCUCCACCUGGUGUCCCCUGGGGAGCUGCGGAUAGCUCUCAGGAGCUCUCAGAGGAUGAACGCUCAGGUUGCGCAGGAACUGCGGGUGGCCCUGGAACUGACAGAGAAGCCGAGGAAGCAACUGUAAAACGCAUCUGCGCCUGCACGUCCUGACAUGAACUCUCCUCAGAACAGUUUGACCCUGAAACUUGCAAUUGUUUCCACAGACAACUCAUAAUUGGUUUUCUGUGCAUUCGUUUUUAAUCAACAGCUCAUCAAUGCCUUUACCAGUAAUGGAAAUAAAUUCACUAUCUGGUUCCUAAUAAUAGUUCUGCUACCCUGUGAACUUUUCCAGAUUGUGUCAUGUUGCAACCACAAA